UUUUUAUAUAUUUUUUUGUUAGGAAAAUGAUCAAUUUCCUAAUCAAAUUUCUCAUUCUGUUCUGUCUAAUAAUCAAAACCCAUGCAUGGGAUUGGGGUGAUUAUCCAUCCCCUAGAGCAUCCACUUAUUUUAAAUGUGGUAUUCAGAACCGGACUUAUGUUUGUGAUCCUGACGCAAUGUUAACUGAUCAUCAGAGAAAAGAAAUUAUUAAAUUAGUUGAGGAUUUUAAGGAGAAAACCAAAAGACCUAAUUCGACAAUUCCAUGUAUAAGAGAAGGACUUAGACUUAUUGUGGCAUUAGCGAAAAUUAGUAUGGAUGCUACUCACUCUGGAUUUACCUAUUUGUGCCUCGAUGGCAUAAAAUGGACAUCAUCUGACAAAACAAAAUGCGAGUCCGAUGUACAGGGUAUUGAAUUAAACAUGGAUGCCGUUCGCUUUUGCUCUCAGACAUAUUUAACUUGGAAUCUUCCUGACGCCGAAUUUUCAAAGCUUAGAGAAGAGAAUCCUCUACUAAAAAAUGGAAAUUAUUUUGCUGCGCUAAAGGGUUAUAUUGAAAAAUUGCAAAUGCUUUACAUUCAACGCUUCUCGAUCUUCGAUAACCCUGAUGCUUCUAAUGAGACUAACAUGAAAUUAUUAGAAUUUAACGCAGCUAUAAGGGAGUCUAACAAAUAUGGAAUAAUUUCAAUCAUAUUUAGCUUGAUCCUUAGUACCGUGCUCUUAUUUUUAAUUCGCCAAAUACGCCUACUUAAAAAUGAUCUUAAUCAGAGGAAUGCUCCAAAGAUAGAACUUCAAUUAAUGACACCAAUACAGCCUGUUGAAGCUGUUGAAAAUAAGAAAGAUAAAAAGAAGGAAGUUGAAGAAACCCCAAAAAAUUUAUUAAACCUUUAAAUUUCUCUAA